UUUGAGUAUAAAAUAAACAUCGAUUCCAUUGAGAGACAACAACCAAACUCGUAAAGACUGAACAACUCGUUUGAAGUUUCAAUCAACCAGUAAAUCAACCAAAAUGCGAUUCGUAAUUGUUUUAGCUUUAGCUUUGUGCCUUGGGUUCGCUUAUGGAGCCGAUUUGAGCCGAUCAAAGCGUGAUAUGCAACAAGAAAUGCAAAAUAUUAUCCAAGAAAUCCAAAAGAAUGGUAUUGGUGCUGUUGGUAAACAAAUCAAUGAGUUCGUCAAGAACUUCCAAGACCAAAUCCAGUCAUGGCAUUGUCCAGACAUAAACGAUUAUUUCAACACUUUACAAAGCGGAGAUCCCGGCAAAAUCGCCCAAAUGUUGUUCACUGGAGCUGUUUGUGUUGCCUUGGGUUUGUACGGACGACAGUAAGAGCUGAACAAGAAUGAUUGUAUUAUUGUAGCUAUCCCUUGAUCCAAUCCAACAUGAUUCCUGUAAAACUUCAUUUCAAUAAAUAAUUAUAUAUCUGAUAU